ACUCCCUCACUGUCACAGGGAUGCGUUCAGGUACCGAAACAUGGUACCGUUUGAUUUUACGUGAGUCGGGUUCAAUAAAAAUCUAACCCUGAACUCUAGUUGAUCUACUCUGAGAUAGGAAACUCUGUGUUUUCGGUUCCACAACAGCUGAUUUGAGUUAGUUAAAUCAACUUGGAGUAGUUUCUCCUGGGGUUAAGUGCGUGCACCACAACAGCAUCAAUGGAGCCCCGACUCGACGAGUCACCAUGGCAAAGGAGGAAAAGAGGGCGGCAUUUUUCACCUCACUGGAACUGGACAUCCUUAUUCGCUCAUAUGGGGAAUUUGAGCAUGUUUUAAAAAAAAUGCAACACCGCUGCAGGUGCCAAACAGAGGGAGAAGGCAUGGGAGAACAUUGCGGCUCGGGUCAAUGCGUGCAAUCCGGCGGGGGGAGAAGCGCACCUGGCUGCAGCUUAAGAUGAAAUAUAAAAACAUUGUCCAAACAGCCAACAGAAAGAAAGCAGAUGCCCGUAAAACGGGUGGCGGCCGAGCACCGCCACUUCUAACGGAGGCAGAGGCGCUGGCCCUGAGCCAGAAUUUUGGAAGGCCAGAGACUGAGGGAAUCCCUGGAGGGAGCUCAUCCUCUGAGCCCACCCCCCAAGACACAAGUGCCUUUAUAACAUGUAAUAUUCCUAGACCUAUAUAUCUUUUUUUAAGCCUAUUCAUACAAAUAUUUAUUUCCCUUUUUCAUUUUUUUUUUUUUCUCCCAACAUAUUCUGAUGGUGCGAUCUGCCUGGUGGAGCCCCCUCACGCCACAACAGACCUUGUAACUGAUGAAGAGUGCGAGGAGACUUUGUCUGCUGCCUUCACAGAGGGGGAACCAGAAAGGCCUGUAGAGGGCAUGGCUGGGCAGCAGCAGGAGGGUCCCUCAACUUCAACUGCACCGAUUGACAUUAAAGAUAUCUACAAAAUAUUUCUUCUGAAAAAAAUUGAAAAAACCAACAAAGAAAUGCAGUUCUUGGACCGCCAGAUGAGAAGGGCAGAUCUCGAAAUUGAAUUACUAGAGCACAAGUUAGAGGUGGGUGCAUGGUCACAGGUGAAUUAUGUUAAUUAUGUUAACUACAGGAACAUUAACUAAACUAUCUCUUGUAU